UUCACACAGACUGAAGCGGAUCAGAGGACAGACAUGGACAAACACAAAGCGCUGUCCAGGCUCAUGUGGGAUCUGCAGUCCUUUCUGUCUGUUCUGGACUCGGAAAACUUGAGUUACAUCGCUCAGGCUCAGAAGAAAUCCAUCUCAGAACUGCUGACCAAGUUACACCCGCUCCACCCGCCGAGUAAUCAAACCACUGCCAACAGUACCGCCGCUACUACUACUACAGCUAAAGUGGAGGAUGCUGAAUACAUGAUAAUGAGCUGUCCAUCCUCAUCUCCUAAGGACAUGACAGAAGCACCUGACUCAGAAGGCGCCCAGCCCUGUGAGUUGGACUUAAAGCAGGACUCCGCUGCGUGGCUGAAAAAUGUGGGCCCUACAGUGGCCCUCCCACCAGGAGGUCUUGGAAGUGACGAUGAUGAAGAUACAUAUGAGGAGGCGGAGCCUUUCAUACCUGACACAGCCACUACAAACACAGAGAAAGGCGAGUCGGACAGCAGCCACUAUGAGUCGUACGGGGAGGAUGAUGAGGAUGGCGAGGGGGAGGAGCUUGUGAAGGACAGAGCUCACUAUAUCCAAUGGAGUGCCUCUCAGCCCUGCCUAAGACCCGCCCUGGAGUCCCGCCUCUGUGGCUACCUGUGGAGGAGGAAGUGGCUCGGACAGUGGACCAAGCAGCUGUUCAUCAUCAGGAACGACGUCCUGCUGUGUUAUAAAUGUGCUCAGGACCUGUUGCCUCAGCUGGAACUGAACCUGCUCUGUCAGCUGGUCUACAAGGCCAAGAACAACAGGAAGAUCCAGCACCAACUCAAACUGCUGCUGCUGGGCGCUGACACUCUGGUUCUGGGCUACGGCAGCUUCCAGCAGGCCGAGGAGUGGAGGAGGGUGAUUGAGGAGGGAGUGCCGGAGGGGACGUGGUUCACGCCGGUGGUUCGUGUCCAGUCAGGGCGGAACAGUCGCUGUCCUGCGUGGACACUAAACCCUGAAAAGACUCGAGAGUUUUUACUCGAUGUCACCGAAACUGUAGAAAAACAGGAAUUGACCAAACUAACCUGGGAGCAGUUCCACCUUCAUACUUCUCCCUCAGCUGCCAGAGAAAUUGAAGUUAAUUGUCGCCCCCUACUGGGCCCUACAGUGGCCCUCCCACCAGGAGGUCUUGGAAGUGACGAUGAUGAAGAUACAUAUGAGGAGGCGGAGCCUUUCAUACCUGACACAGCACUACAAACACAGAAAGGCGAGUCGGACAGCAGCCACUAUGAGUCGUACGGGGAGGAUGAUGAGGAUGUGCCCUCUCAGCCCUGCCUAAGACCCGCCCUGGAGUCCCGCCUCUGUGGCUACCUGUGGAGGAGGAAGUGGCUCGGACAGUGGACCAAGCAGCUGUUCAUCAUCAGGAACGACGUCCUGCUGUGUUAUAAAUGUGCUCAGGACCUGUUGCCUCAGCUGGAACUGAACCUGCUCGGCUGUCAGCUGGUCUACAAGGCCAAGAACAACAGGAAGAUCCAGCACCAACUCAAACUGCUGCUGCUGGGCGCUGACACUCUGGUUCUGGGCUACGGCAGCUUCCAGCAGGCCGAGGAGUGGAGGAGGGUGAUUGAGGAGGUGAGUGCCGGAGGGGACGUGGUUCACGCCGGUGGUUCGUGUCCAGUCAGGGCGGAACAGUCGCUGUCCUGCGUGUCCAGUGUGAUCCAGAUGAACGAGGACGAGGACAAACCUUCAGCUGCCUGCAGCCGGAAAAAGAACCACAAAGGGUUCCUGAACGUACUGAUGAACUGCCAGUGGCAGAACCUGCUGUGUCAGGUGGAGGACGACCUCCUGAAGAUGUUUGGGGAUGACAGGAAGGAGGAGGAGAGCGACAAGGUGAAGAAGGACCACUCGCCUCAGUACUCCGUGCCGCUCCGAGGCUGUGAGGUCCAAGCGGGUCCGGACACUGACAGCUCCUUCAGGAUCACGCUCAGCUUGCUCGGUGACCCCGUGGCUGUGCUGGAGACGAGCACUUCGGAAGAGAAGCAGCGUUGGCUCCAGCUGCUGCAGGAUGAAGCUGCCAAUCACGGUCACUGUGAUGACACCACAGGUGGAGCGCUCAGGCUACAGACACGGCGAUUUCCCGCCGACAACACCUACAUGGACGACCCGUUUCACCUGGUCCAGAACCAGCCCAUCUACUCCAACAUGUCCAUCCUGGACCACAUGAUCCACGGCACUCAGGAUCCAGACGUGACGUAUGGGAACACCGUCUUCAGCAGCCGCAAACAAGGAGUUCAGAAGCUGGAACUGACCGGAAAGGAGAGGGUUCCCCUCAGGGCGGGGUCAGAGGUCAACCUGGCAUCAGCAGGGAAGCCAAACAAGCGCAUGUCUUUCCGGCAGUCGCUGGCCGUGUGCACGGAGCGAGCUCAGGCUGGUUUCCUGAACCCGCUGCUGCGACGGACGGCCUCAGCUAAAACCUCACUGAGGAAAGCUCCUUCAGCGCUCUUCAUCGAAAAUGGAAAGGUUUUCCAGAGCAGGAAGGAAUGGGAGACAAAAGCUGCUUUUUGAUUCUGGUUCCUCCAGUCACAGACCACAGAGUCACCGCAGUCCUCAGAACUGAAUUCACUUCAAAUUCACAGACUGUAACAUGUUUCUGAGUUUGGUUGUAGUGUUUUAUUUGUAAUUGUGUGAUGCUCUGAACAGAAAUCUACAACAAACCAGGAAAGACUGAGUUCUCUCUAUUUUGAGAAUAAUUGUGUAAUUUUGACAAUAAAGUCAUAAUGUUCCAAAAAUAUCUUCAAAUGAAACUUUUAAUUAUGAAAUGUUGUGCUACUAAGUAAAGAAAUGACAAUAUUAUGAAUCUUAUAUAUAAAAGUCAGAUAUAUGUGGGUAUGUACGUCCUCCUAUGACUGGCCUGUUGCUGAGGAACCAACCAACCAACCCCCCCCACACACACACACACACACACACACACACACACACACACACACACAUACACAUACAGACACAAAACCCCCUGUACAUGGGUAUGUGUAUGACUGGCCUGUUGCAGUAAUCACGGCAACUGAUUCAUUAUGAAGAAAGCUAUGGUUCAGGAAAUGUCCAAGUACUUGUCCCCAUCAAUACGUCACAUGACCCCAUCAAUGUGUCAUGUCAUGACCUUAUAAAGACAAAUUACUGAGGAAAGCAGCUGCAAACAUUACAAAAAAAAAAAACAACAAAUCAGAUUGUUAAAAUUUGUG